AUGUCCUUCCACCGAAAGCGCUCCAAGCCUGGCUCCUGGAGGGAACGCAGUUCUGUACACCAACAAGAUUUGGUGGAUCCAGAGAUUCGAAGACAUCAUUUGCAGUUCAACGCACACCUGCACAGCCGAUUUGCCAACCAGCGCUUUGUCCAGGUGGAUGGUGAGCCGGGUUACUAUGUUGCUUUCAGCUAUGCAGCUUGCAAAGAGGUGAUGAAUGACCAUGCCUGCUUCAGCUCCAAUCCUUUCCCAGAUGGGCGUUUAGUGGCUCUGAACACUAUGUCCAAGGCAGACCACUCCCGCGUACUGCGCUAUGUGCACAAACACUACACCAAGGAUGCCCUGGAAGAGCUGAAAGGGGACAUUCAAGAGGUCAUCGAAAAAUGCACAAGUGAUCUGGCUUCUGGCAAGGUGGAUGGUGUGAAAUGGGCGCAGCGAAUACACAUGUCCGGCACCUUGGCACGGCUGGGCUUGAAAGCGAGCUGGGAGAAGGUGGACGAGAUCGUGGCACUGAAUGACGCCAUGGUUGCCUUGGUGGCACCGCUGGGAGGAGUUGGUUUGCCCAACGAACGUCUCCCCUGGACUUGGAGCUUUCAGGUGGCUUUAGGUUUGAUUCGCAGCGUUCCUCCACUGCUGCUGAUGGUUGCAAAGCUGGGGGUGCGCUGCACUUGGCAGAUCAUCAGGCCAGAUGUGAACAUCCUGAACCCUCCACGCAAGCCGCGCAUGGGAUUGUGGUGGAAGCCAGAGCUCCUCCACUUAGUUCCCAGGUACUUCAUGUUGCUGCAUCAUCUCUUGUAUGAGGACUCCAAAGAUGGGCCCUUGUCCAGCUUGAGAGAGGGUGUUGCGUCUGGUGACUUGAGCUUAGCGGAGUGCCUGACCCUGAUGGUACAGCUCAUGGUGAACAUGACCUCUGCAAACGCGUUGUGUUCGCUUCUUUUCCGGCUCGCUUCGGAGAAGGAAGCCGCGCAGAAGGCGUUGAGAGAUACCGCGACCUACGGCGAAGCCUUCAUACAAGAGGUUCUCCGCCUAGAUGCUCCUUUGCAAAGAAAUCCACGAAGAUGUGUAAAGCAACCUGUGGCCAAAGGCAAAACGCCGCAGGAUGGCCCAAAGGAAGGCAGCCAGGUUUUGCUAUUCUUGGGGGCUGCCAAUAUGGAUCCGACCGUCUUCAACCAACCAGAGGAGUUUAGGCUAGAUAGGGAAGAACAACCUCUGCUGACCUUCGGCAGUGGGAUGCACUACUGCCUUGGUAGCAAUCUCGUGAAGCUGGAGAUGCGAAUGGUGCUUGAUCAUCUAACAAAGUUCAAGUCGAUCGCACUAGAUGAUCAUUACGAGCGGAUCGCAGAUGUUGAUGUGGGCAAUUGGGGCUUCUGCCAUUUGCCUAUCCUGUUGAAUGUGCUGGACUACAUCGAGCGGCUGGUGCGAGGACACAGCGUUAACGUCAGAGACACCCCUGACUGUGGCCGGGGACUGUUCGCAACCAGCGAGCCUACUGGGCCCGGCACGCCGGCCAUCAUCUUCUCUGAGGGGCCCCUGGGUGGUAUUGUGCAAAUGUCUGGAAGCACCCGGAGAAGGGGUGGUGCCUGUUGCUUGUGUGGACAUGCUUUGGGCAGUCCCGCAUGGCAGCUGCGCUUGCUGACUGAUAAGGUGACUUGGACGGGGUCUGAAAGCGACAUUUUGGAGGAACCACUUUCUGACAUCGUGGAGGGCAAACCUCUUUUCGGAAAGAGAAGCCCACUCUUUUGCAGUUCUGCAUGCCAUGACGAGCACGAAAGGAUCCUGGGACCCCUACGUACAAGACGCGCUGCAGCGCAACGCUUUGCUCGAAAUGCGCGAAAGAUUCAAUGUGCUUUCUACAUGUUGGCGAUGAAACUCAUCUGCUGGUGCCUUGCUGAAGCGAAAAAGCGACCUUCGGCAGAAGCAGCAGCUCCGCUCCAAGCAUUGUGCCGCAGACCAUACUGGGAUGCAGUGGAUAUGCCACCGGAAAUUGAUGUGGAGUCUUUCAAAAGGAAGCUGGCAAAGGAAGCAGAAAUUUCCAGACAGUUGGCAUUGAAAGCCUUGGGAGGUAGAGAUGCUUUGCCAUCCGAUUGGGAUUUCUUGGAUGAAACUGGCUACGCGAAUUUGAUUGGAGCGUUGUGUUGCAACUGCACAGUGGUUGUGUACAUGUCUCCUGUGAUACAGCACAUCCUUCAAGUGACAGGUAUGACAGACUGUGCGGCCAAAGAAGCUGCUUUAACUACCCUUGAACCAUGGAUUCGAGCACUAGCUGUGUCACCACCGCAACCAGAUGAUACCAGUGAGGGAGAGAAGGCAGAAGAGAUUUCCUGGAACACUCCCAGUGGUCGGCUAUCGUUCUCUUCGAAACUGAUCCCUCCUUUUCGUGGCUAUGCUAUCUAUCCACGGAUGGCAUUCAUGAAUCAUUCCUGCAGACCAACUUGCGGUGUCGAGUUUGACUUCGCUGCCCGCAUUUUGGUUCUGCAGCAGCCAUAUGUUGAUAUCCAGAAAGGCACAGAGCUGACUAUCUCAUACCUUGAUUCAUCAUUGGAUGCCCAGGCUGACUUGAUUGCCAUGGGGACAAAGGGCCGCCAAAGGCAGCUUCUCCCGUAUGGAAUAAGUUCCUGUUCUUGUGCCUUGCUCUUGCUCGAUGCAGAAGAAAUAAGAACGGGCUUCUGACCCGACAUCCUUUGUUCACACUUGGUUUCCAGUGCUGUUUUGCAUGUGUUUGCCUUCUUUUUCUGCUUGGACUUCUUCCUUGACUUUUUUGUUGCUUAGGUGAAUUGUGCCAGAUUCCGGAGAAGAAGAGGAGCAAAGGUUUUG